GGGCACUGCCAUGUUGUAAGGGCUUUGGAAGUACAGGAUGUGGAAAAAGAAUGGUACAGGAACCCACUGGUAGGAAUGGCUUCCUUCAUGAAUGAUUAACUCCCAGGCAAAGCAGGUGACCUAGGAGAAGGGUCUACUUAACAGGAACUUUGGACUUGGGGCAGAAGACUGGUGUGUGGCCUACAGAAGAGGACGUGCGUGGCUGGGCAUCAGGGCUGGGCUUUCAGGACUGGUAUAAGAUCAGGUUUGCUGCAGGCUUCAUGAGUUCUUCAGUUUUCAUUUCAGGCAGCUAUGGAUGCAAGGCUGUGCUGAGAGAAGCGGGGCAUGGCUGCAGCCCUACAGGUCUUGCCCUGUCUCCUCCGAGCCCCAUCACGACCAUUCCUCUGGGGGCCCCCGGUGGCCCGGAUGACCAGUGGUAUGGCCUUGGCAGAACAGGCACGGCAGCUGUUUGAUAGCGCUGUGAGUGCUGUGCAGCCAGGCCCCAUGCUGCAGAGGACACUGUCCUUGGAUCCUAGUGGCAAACAACUGAAGGUGAGGGACCGGACCUUUCAGCUACAAGAAAACCUCUACCUAGUGGGCUUCGGCAAGGCCGUACUGGGUAUGGCUGCUGCAGCUGAUGAGCUACUGGGCCAGCAUCUUGUGCAGGGUGUUAUCAGCGUACCCAAGGGGAUCCGAGCUGCCGUGGAGCUUGCCGGAAAGCAAGAGAUGCUGCUGAAGCCACACAGCCACAUCCAGGUGUUUGAGGGCGCCGAGGACAACUUACCGGAUCAGGAUGCACUUCGGGCCGCUCAGGCCAUCCAGCAGCUGGCAGAGAGGCUCACUGCCGACGACCUGCUGCUUGUGCUCAUCUCAGGUGGAGGCUCAGCCCUGCUACCCGCUCCUAUCCCACCUGUCACACUAGAGGAGAAACAGACGCUCACCAAGCUGCUGGCGGCCCGAGGAGCCACAAUCCAGGAGCUGAACACCAUCCGCAAGGCCCUGUCCCAGCUGAAGGGUGGAGGGCUGGCUCAGGCCGCCUACCCUGCUCAGGUGGUAAGCCUCAUCUUGUCAGAUGUGAUCGGGGACCCUUUGGAGGUGAUUGCCAGUGGCCCUACAGUGGCCAGCACCCACAGUGUGCAAGAUUGCCUGCAUAUUCUUAAUCACUAUGGUCUCCGUGGUGCUCUGCCACGCUCUGUGAAGACCGUGCUCUCUCGGGCUGACUCUGAUCCCCACGGACCACAUACCUGUGGUCACGUCCUCAAUGUGAUCAUCGGCUCUAAUUCUCUGGCCCUGGCCGAGGCUCAGCGGCAAGCUGAGGUCCUGGGCUACCACGCCAUGGUGUUGAGCACAGCCAUUCAGGGUGAUGUAAGACGUGUGGCUCAGUUCUAUGGGCUGCUAGCCCGUGUGGCUGCAGCCUGCCUCACUUCAUCCACAGCCGAGCGUCCCUUGGAGGAGGAGGCAAAACUCCAUCAGCUGGCAGCUGAGCUCCAGCUCCCGGACCUGCAGCUGGAGGAGGCUCUGGAAGCUGUGGCAAAGGCUAAAGGGCCAGUCUGCCUCCUGGCUGGCGGGGAGCCCACCGUGCAGCUGCAGGGAUCUGGCAAGGGCGGUCGGAACCAAGAACUGGCCCUGCGUGUGGGAGCAGAGCUGGGAAAGCAGCCACUGGGGCCUGUUGAUGUGCUGUUCUUGAGUGGAGGCACUGACGGGCAGGACGGGCCUACAAAGGUGGCCGGGGCCUGGGUCAUGUCUGACCUUGUUAGCCAGGCUUCUGCUGAAAACCUGGAUUUUGCCACCUUCCUCGACAACAAUGACUCGUACACGUUCUUUUGCAGCUUCCAGGGUGGAACACAUUUGCUGCAUACAGGGUUGACGGGGACCAAUGUCAUGGAUGUCCACCUCCUGAUUUUUCAUCCUCAGUGAUGGCAUAGCUCACAGUCUGAGGGUUUAUAAGAGGCCUUCAAGGGCAGGGUCUGGUAGGAAGACGGAGGACUGAUUCCCAGGGCCCAUUGUGCUUUAGGACGCCCUUCUCUGUUGCUCCACCCGCCUCCCACAGAUCUACUCCAUGUUUGCUCCCCCAACUAGAUUAGAAGAUGGGGGUUCCUUUACACCCCUCUUUUCUGUCAUGUCAGCAGGAAGCUUCUGGGCCAGUUCACAGUUCUGCCCAUGCCCUCAGCCUGUUUCUUCCAUGGCGCAAAGGUAGGGAGACUGAAAAUAAAAAGGACCAAGUUGUGGGAAUCUCAGCUCAUCUUCCCUCAGUGCCUCUUCUGUAACACAGACCUUCGGGGGCAGCUGGGGCACGUGCUGUGGUCCUAGCAUUGGUGCCAGCACCUUGCAGAGUUUCUCACGCUGUUACAGGAGUCUGUGACGAUUGAAUCUGGCGUCUGGCAGCCUCAUGUGGGUGAGCAGGACAGGCUUAUAGUCGCCUGCUUAACCAUGACUCCCUGUGGCAACCUGGUCAUGGUGUCUCCUCUCCGGCUGCAGCCUGGCUGGGUGGAAAGGAUCUACUUGCCACCAAGGAUCUUCCUUCUGUAUUUGGACCACUCUUUGCUUUCCCCCUUACCCCCUGGUUAUCAAGGGUCUUCUUCAGGCUGCAGGGCAUUGAACUUGCUCUCCUGUGUCCCCUUUUCCCAGGCUAAACAUGCCACGUUCCAUGGCCGCUCCUCUGGGUACCCAGUUGGGGCCCUGGUGCCAGCAUUUCAGUGAGUGUCUCGAGCACUAGAAUGGUAGGUCAGAGCGCUGAAGGAGCUCAGCAGUCCCUCAGCCCAUCCUGUCAUAGCUGGCAGAGGUGAGUCACUUGGCUUGGCCGGCAGCCACUGGCCUGGUUUGCCUCGUGCCCUCUUGUUCCACAUCAGAGCCCUCUGUUGGCUACCCUCACCGUGCGCCACGGCUCCAAUCCCUAUAUGAGCGAGCAAUAGUAUCACAUAGGAAUAAAAAGCCAUAGAGAACAGUGAGGCCUGGGGUGGUCCCCGAGGGUGCGCGGGCCUCUAGGUCAGAGCGGAUGUGUCCUGGGAAGGGCCUCCCUUCUCCACUGGGCUCUGGACAGUCUGGCUAGCAGUUGGGCCCCAUGGUUUGCAGACCUGGCUCCCAUGUGUUCCCCAGAUUGAGAAGGAGGUAAGCAAGGUAAGCCAGCUCUGAGGACCAGAUAGGUUUAGGGAAGUGGAGUGGUGAGUACCAUUUUCUUUCCUUCUGUUCUGUGCAGAGGGUCAGUGUCUCAGAGGAUUUUCUCUUUACACUGGUGUUCUGGAAUCCUGUAGGAGUUGCUGUCCCUGUGUCCUUGACCUCGGGAAUGUAUUCCUACUGGACGUUGAGCUGCAGCUGAGAACUUCAGGAGAGGAGCUUUUCAGUCACAUCGAUGUCUCUGUGUGGUGACCAUGUGAGCCCUGGACACUGGUGUCAGAAUAUAUCCGUAGUGUACCCAUAGGUGCUUUUCAGAGUGGGGCUGCUUUUGGGACUGCUGCCACCAUUGCCAGCUGAGGGCUGUGCAUACAGGCAGAGUCUUGAUGGAAGCUCCCCUUAUCUGGCUUGGUCCCUUUUCCGUAACCAUGCUUUCAGAGUCUGGGGGGCCAGGGUCUGAAUUGGGCCCCAUUAGAGCAAACGGUUUGUGAGCUUAGUCUACUGUAUUUGCUCACCUAUAUAUUGGUCGGUCUAGAUGAUAAAAAUAUGCAAAUUCCUUACAGUUAGAGCUCAAUAGGACUUUUUUUCCUCCAUCAAUAUCAAUUAUGUAGCCAGGCCUGGUGUGCAGGCCUAUGAUCCUAGGUACUUGAGAGGCUGGAGGACUGAGAGUUGGUGGCUAGCCUGAGCUACAGAGGGAAAGCCAGCCUAGGAAAUCAAGAGAGAUCCCAUUUUAAAGAGCCUUAAAAAGGGCUGGGCAGUGGUGGCACAAGCCUUUAAUCCCAGCACUUGGAAGACAGAAACAAGCAGAUUUCUGAGUUUGAAGCCAGCCUCGUCUACAGAGUGAGUUCUGGGACAUCCAGUGCUACACAGAGAGAAACCCUGUCUCACCAACAACCAGGACGACGGCGACAGCAGGGCUGGGAAUGUGGUCAAUGAGACUACUAUAGCAUGUACGAAGCCCUGGGUUUAGUUCCCCGCACUGAAAAAUAAAAUGAACGAAUGGCUAAA